GGGCCGACCAAAAAAAAAGAUGACCGUUGAGAUUUAAACGUUAAGCUUUAAAGCUUUACAAGACAUAAACGUUGCGGACAGAAUCGGAUCCUUCCAGAGCCUCCCACAAACUCAUACAUAUAAAUACAUGUGAAGUAGAAUCAAAGCAAGAACAAGAGUCCAAGAAUAAAAAUCAAUCAGAAAGAAGAUUGAACAUAGAUCUCAAGAGUCAAGAUCGAUGGGUUUGGUUGUGGUCAUAUCUCUGCCUCUAAUUUUCUUCUGUCUACUUCUCGGAUUUGGCUGCUACUUCCUCGGAAAAUCUCGCGGCCGUCGUGAGAUCCGUACAAAUCCUCAGGUGUAUGGAGCUCCAGCUCCGCCUCCCGGUGCUAUCGCCGCCUCCUCUCCGCCGUUGUCUCCACACGCCAAGCCCGACAAUUCUCACAACGUCUGAUUUUCCUUCAUUUUCUCUUCUUUGUCUGUCUUGCUUGUCUCUAUUGGAAGAUGCUUUUGUUUGACUUAUUGUGAAUUGUUGUAACUUGUAAUCUUUUGAUUGUCUUUAGUUUUCUUGGGAUGAAUUUCCUUCUUUAUUUGUGUAUUUUCCUAUCUCUUUGAUGUAAAUAAGAAAGCUAGUAAUGGUUUACACAUUGAUUAUUCUAUAAGAAACAUCUAGAAAAGAAAAAAAAGGAAAAAAAACAUCUAGAAAUAUAUCAGAACUUCUUUCACAAAAGAAUAAUAUAUAUCAGAACUGCGUGUUAUUA